CGCCAGGUCGGUUGGAAAAACACCAAUAAACCGACCCUGAACAUCCCUACUCAACGGUAUCUUAAAUAUCUAAUAAAUGACAAAGGGACGGCCAAAUUUUCCACAGGUUGUGUCCGGUAACUCCGGUCCAUCUGUACAUAUACCUUUAAACGGUAAACGAGAAACGAUUGAACAACCCUCAAAGAUAUCAGAUAUAUGGUUCCCUGGUCUAAUUUUAGGUUUUUCGUAGAAUUUUGAUGUGAUGGGAACACGAGAGGUGUACGAAGAGAAACUUAGGUCUGGUAACCUGUACCACGACCCUACCAUAAACCCCGGCCUCGGCUCCCCGCGCUGCCCUCGUUGCCUCUCUCUCUUAAAUCCUAAUUCGGAAAACGGAGAGUGGACUAUAACUGCUGUCUUACACGAUGCAACUGCGGUGGCUGGUUCUGGUGCCGGUGCCAUGCUUAGCGCAGUUCAUGGUUUCAAUACAGGAAUCCCAUAUGUCCAGAAAUAUGUGAAGGGGCCUAAGUGGCUUCCUUUUCUUAUUGGGCUUCCUCCUCUACUUGUAUUUUCAGCUGCCAGUGCUGCAUUUGGAGGUUUUGCAGUUCCAAAGUUUGCCCAGCUCUCAGUGACAUCCUACUAUGCUGCCUCAAGUGCUUCACACUAUGGGAUAUCACACCUCACCAGAUAUGUUGAAAAGGGCCAUAUCUCUUCCAGUGAUCAACAUUAAAGAUCAAAUGAUACAUUGCAGGUGCACAUGACUUGGAGACGAAGAAGGUGAUUGGGACUGGUCGUGAGACGAAUGGGAUCUAUCUGCUCGGGGAGAGGUUCUGUCAGGAAGAGUCAGUAGAGAAGAUGUCUUUUGUUUCUCAGAGUGUGAGUCCAGUUAUGCUUUGGCAUAACCGAUUAGGUCAUUUGUCUUUUCGGUCUCUAAAGAGUCAGUUUCCAGCUUUAUUUGAGUCUAUUGAGUUUCUCAGUUACAGUGUGAAAGUUGUGAGUUUGCUAAUUAUUGUAGAAAACCUUAUUUAUUGAGUAAUAAAAGGAGUGAUAAUUUUUUUGAUAUUAUGCAUACUGACGUUUGGGGGCCUUAUCAUAUCCCUUCCAUGG